AUGGCGGCUGCUCUGAAUCUAGGCUGGUGGGUUUUCACAACGGAUUAUGAGGGUCUCGAUGCGCAGUUUUCAGUCGGGUUCCAGUCCGGCCAUGCUGUCCUGGAUUCGGUGCGCGCGAUACUACACGAGGGACCCAAUAUUGGCUUAUCAGAGAGCCCGCUCUAUGCUCUCUGGGGAUACUCGGGCGGUGCGCUGGCCAGCUCCUGGGCAGCAGAACUUCAACCAGCCUAUGCACCAGAACUCAACUUUGCGGGAGUAGCCUUGGGGGGACUGACACCAAAUGUUAGCUCCGUACUUCGAACGAUAAACAAGGGAUCAAACGCGGGGCUGGCAUUCUCCGGGAUCUACGGGCAGGCAAAAGCGUACCCCAACAUGACCCAUUGGUUGAGCUCAAAUCUUCUACCAUCGAAAUCAGAAGAUUUCUACACCCUUGCUGGAGGGUGCCUCUCUCAGUCCAGCGGCGAUGGAGCGAGCCAGGAUAUUUUUAGUUACUUCAAGGACGGAGAAGCAUCGUUCUUCCAAGCUGUCCCUCGGUCGAUCUUCCAAUGGUCCGGCCAAAUGGGAGUUCAUGGCAUCCCAAGAGCUCCCUUAUUUGCCUAUAAAGCAACGAGUGAUGAAAUCAGCGUUGUGGCCGACACAAAUCUACUCGUGAAAAGGUAUUGCUCCGACGGUGCACGGAUUGAAUAUCAUCGAGACUUGGUUGGAAACCAUGAGACAGAAGCCAUAACAGGCUCUGCAAGUGCCCUUCAAUGGCUAAAUACCCGGUUGAAUGGAGAUCAGGUAGAGGAUGGAUGUGCUACAGAAGAUGUGGUACUAUCGUCACUUAGUAUAGGAACUGCAGCAGUUCUGGGCGAGCAGAUAUUUUCUAUCCUCCAAUCUGCUAUUGGUGGAAUGCUGUGA